GCAUGCUUUGAGUGAAGAAUUCCGUGUGUGGCUUUCUGCUGUGACCCAGAUAGAGCUGGAGCAAACUAUUGACAUCUCCUGUGCUAAAUAUGAAUAUACNGAUGUUUUGCUGUGCCAUGACGAUGAGCUGGAAGGUCGGAGAAUCGCUUUCAUCCUGUACCUCGUUCCCCCCUGGGAGAGCAGUGAUGGAGGAACACUGGACCUGUACAGCACAGAUGAACACUUUCAGCCACAGCAAAUCACCAAGUCAUUAGUGCCUUCAUGGAACACACUGGUUUUCUUUGAAGUGUCUCCAGUCUCUUACCACCAGGUGUCAGAGGUUCUGUCGGAGCAGAAGUGCCGCUUGUCCGUGAGCGGUUGGUUUCAUGGCCCAUCAGUAGCCAGACCUGCGCGGUACAUUGAAGCUCCCCUGCCCAGGAGCCCACACAUCCCCCACGAUCAUGAAAUACUGUAUGAGUGGAUCAAUCUAGUUUAUUUGGACAUGGACUCCCAAGCUCAAAUCCAGGAGGAAUUUGAGGAGCGAUCAGAAAUUCUCUUGAAAGACUUUCUUAAGAAAGAGAAAUACCAAUUAAUCUGUGAAGCAUUGGAGAACAAAGAGAUCCAGUGGAGUAGUCGGGGACCUGCCAAUAAAAGACUCUAUGAGGCAGCGGAGGAAGACAGCCUCCCUGACACCCUAAAGAAAUUCCUGCAGUUGUUACGCUCUGAGGCCUUGUUUCUACUGCUUUCCAACUUCACUGGCCUGAAACUGCACUUCCUGGCUCCCUCUGAUGAGGAUGAAGAUGCUGGGGAAGGACAAGCAGCAGAUACUGCUGGGCACAACAGUCCCAAACCUGAGCAGGAAGAGACUGAACAACACACUGAUGGCAGUGCCCAUCAGCCAGAGCAGCCUGACAGCACCCCUGAAGCACCAGACAGUGAGACACAGAAUGGCUCGGGUGCCCCUGUGUGUGCUGGGGAGCUGAGGCACUGGACCCACGGGCACUACACUCUGGUGCAUGACACUCAAGCAACAGAAUUUGCUCUCGACUUGCUCUUUUUCUGUGGCUGUGAGGACUGGGAUCCUGAAUAUGGUGGCUUUACUUCCUACAUCGCUAAAGGUGAAGAUGAAGAGCUAUUGACAGUGAAUCCAGAGGACAACUGCUUGGCCUUAGUUUAUAGAGACAAAGAAACUAUGAAGUUUGUGAAAUACAUCAACCAUCGAAGCUUGGCACGCCACAACAAACAUCCAAACAGAACAGGAUUUUGGGAUUUUUCCUUUGUCUAUUAUGAGUGAUGGUGCAGAGUGUG